UCUCAUUAUUCAUAAUUACACUUUUGCAUUCUCUCUCUCUCUCUCUCUCUCUCUCUCUCUCUCUUUUUGUUUUUUUAUUUGAUAAUCCUCUCAUCUUCUAUUAAAUCUCAAUUAGCUUAAUUAAUAUCAGGUUAAGGAAUUAACCAUGGCGUUCCCAGCUACAAUGGUCAUUCUUCCUGUAGGCACUCUUUUCAUUCUUUCAGGCCUCAUUGUUAAUCUCAUUCAGGCUAUUCUCUUUGUGUUUGUUCGUCCAAUAUCAAAAUAUUGUUACAGAAGAAUAAACAAAUUGCUAACAGAAUCACUAUGGUUGGAACUCAUAUUUCUGGUCGAUUGGUGGGCAGGCGUCAAGGUCGAGCUGUAUGCAGAUUCCGAAACAUUUCAAUUAUUAGGUAAAGAAAAUGCACUUCUGAUCUGCAACCAUAGAAGUGACAUUGAUUGGCUUAUUGGAUGGGUCUUGGCUCAGCGCACAGGUUGCCUUGGUAGCACGGUAGCCAUGAUGAAGAAAGAAGUUAAAUACCUGCCUGUUAUAGGUUGGUCAAUGUGGUUUGCUGAAUUUUUAUUUCUAGAAAGAAAUUGGGAAAAAGAUGAAGCAGCAUUGAAGUCAGGUUUUAAGCAGCUUGAACACAAACCAGUGCCGUUUUGGGUGGCUCUUUUUGUUGAAGGAACUCGCUUUACACACGCGAAACUUUUAGCAGCUCAAGAGUUUGCUAUUUCAAGAGGGAUGCCAGUACCUAAAAAUGUUUUGAUUCCUCGUACUAAGGGUUUUGUGACAACUGUAAAAGAAACGAGGAAAUAUAUUCCGGCCAUUUAUGAUUGCACAUUUAUAGUUCCAAAGAAUGAGCCUUCACCUACAUUGUUGAGAAUUUUUAAAGGCAUUCCUUGUUCGGUGAAGGUUCAAUUUAAGCGACACAGAGUAGAGGAACUUCCCGAAAAAGAAGAUGGCAUUGCACAAUGGUGCAAAGAUGCUUUUGUUGCCAAGGAUGCUUUACUUGAGCAAUAUAAUACUACAGAGAUAUUCAGCGAGCUAGAACUUCAUGAAAUGCGCCGGCCUAAAAGAUCACUAUUUGUUGUUGCUUGUUGGUCAAGUUUCCUAGGCUUUCUUCUUGUUAAAUUCUUCCAAUGGUCUUCACUACUAUCCACAUGGCAUGGCAUCUUUUUUACAGUGAUUUUCAUGGUCAUUGUUACAAUUGUUAUGGAAAUCCUCAUACAUGCAUCACAAGCAGAACAUUCUAAAUCCAAUAAUUUAUCCACCAAUUUACCAAUACAAGACCCCAUCAAGCAGAGGCUUCUUCAUUCAGACAUUACCAAACAUGUCCCAAUAGCUUAGUGUUAAUCACAUUCCUCUGUCUCAUCAUUGUACAUGUAUAUAAUUUUUUUUUUCCUUUCUGGAUGUGUAAAGUAAAAUGUUGUCAUUUAUACUUCAGGCUCCAACCAGUUAUUUUCUUCUAGCCUACGUCUAUUACUU